AUGGCAGAUUGGACUAUAGAUCAAGUUGGUGAAUGGUUGAUAGAAAACGGUUUUGAAAAUAAUGUAAAAACAUUUAAAGAUAAAAACAUUGAUGGCUUGGCUCUAAUGAGAAUGAGUGAUGAUAAUAUUUCACAAAUGUUAUGUACUUUUGAUGAAGAUGAAAUUAUUGAAAAACCAACAGAUGAAGUAAAAACAAAAUUUAAAGAAAAACUAGAGGAUUGGAAAGUAAUGGUUGAAUUAGAACAAAAUAAACAAGUGAUCAAUGAAAAAGCAGAAAAGUAUUCAAUUAGAAUGUCUAUUUCUUCACCGUCUAUUAAGACUAGAGAUUAUUGGAUGGAUGAAGAGACCUUUUCAAAUAUGGGUUCUAUGGAAGACAAUGAAGAAAGCUCAAAGUCUGGUGAUUCAUUAUCUUCUACUUCCUCUUUUACGAAUGAUUCGCCUGAUUUAAAUAAAAUCGACUCACCAAAACAACAUAUGGUGAAGACACCCUCGCCGCCAAUAUCCCCUCAUGAAGAUCAAAUAACUGACAUUACUAGUAGUAUUGAUAAAACAAAAUAUUUAAUUAAUGAUAAUAUUCAUAUUCAAUUCUUCAAGAAUCCAAAAUUUGGUCCGUAUCUAAUAAAAUAUUUACAACAAAAAACAUCUGGUGUGGAAAUUACAAUUGAACAAUCACCAUCUAUAAAUAAUGAAUUACCGGCAUCAUUCAGCUACACAUUAUAUUUAUCAGGACCAAAUCAAGAUAUUGAAUCUACUUAUGAUGAGAUCAGCAAAUUGUUUAAUACCGUAAAAAUAAAAAUAUAUAAAUCGGGUCGAGUUAGAACAUGGUUACGCAAUCCAUUAGCAGUUGGUAUUAUACAAGCAAUAAUGGAUAAUGAAAAUAAUCUAUUUACUAUAUGUCAAUCGAAUGGAAGAUAUAAUGAAAUUCUGGAAAUUUUUUAUUUUGAUGAUGAAAACUUUAAUCAUCUUCAAAGUAUUGAUCAUAUUAUUGAAAAUGAUAUUCUAAAGAAGAUUAUUACACUACCAUCAAUAGUCGAUAAACACAUUAUAAAAAAAUCUAAAAAAAAUACUAAACAUAAUAUUCAACAUGAAUAUUCUAUUACUUACACAAAACAAUACCAAAAUAAAUUAAAGGAAAUGAUAGAGAAUUAUAAUAAAGAAAAUAACAUGAUUUCUAUUAUUUUAAAUGAAAAAAUGUUUAAUAAAGUAAGAAAACAACGGAGUAUUCAUAUAUUUGGAUCUAUCAAAUUAGUUAAUGAAUUUAUACAAAAUUUUCAAAAUUUAGCUGAUAAAGAUACAUUGACAAUCUUCAAAUUUAAUCCAAUGACAUCGAUUCAAAUGGAAUAUCUUACAAAUAUUGGUUCGAAAGAAUUAAAAGCAAUAGAAAAAGAAUAUCAAAAAGAUAAUAUCAAAAUACGAAUACGGCAUGAUGAAUUUUAUGCACCAGAAAAAUUCAAAAAUGAUAUUGAGCUUCGAAUGAAUUCUUUAUUAUCUUCAUUAGAAUCAAUCAUAUUUGAAUGUAUGCCAUUAUAUUAUGAUAUAGCUGAUAAAGAAAUCUUACAUUUGAAAAAUAUUGCACGUAAAAAUCAUUGUGGUUGUGAACUGAAAUUGAAAAAACAAUUGAAAUCGUAUACAAUUCCAAAAGCCAUGGAAACAUCAUCCACAAUCAAUCUUGUUUCAAGAUCACUUAUGAAACAAUCUGAAUUAUUUUGUUCUUUACCUGUAGUUUCUCAACAAGCAAAAUCAUUGAAUGGAUCAAUUGAAGUUCUUAUUGGUGAUAUAGCAGUACAAAAGGCUGAUGCACUGAUUAUUCCACUUGUAUCAUACGGAUUAAAACAAAGUCUUAUUGAGCGAGCAGGUAAUAUCAUAAGACAAGAGCAACAAUUAGAUCAAACCGAAAAAGAUCAAAAUUCAACUCCUUUCUUCAUUGAAACAAUAGCAAGUAAUUUAACAUGUAAAAUUGUCUUAUUUUCAAAUUGGUCACCAUUAGAAGUAACGAUGAAUGAUGAUAAUUUACGUGAACACAUACGAAAAUUUAUUACGAAAUCAAUUGAAUAUAUCAUUCUGAAAAAUGAACAAUCGAAUAUAAAAAUUGAAUCAAUUGCAUUUGCAGUACCUGAUUCAUGUAAACAAGAAAAUAUUUUAGCUGAAGAAAUGAUUAAUGAAACAAAACGACAAAUUGAAUUAAUAAAAUCAUCAUUAAAAAUUUCAUUUAUUCUAUUAUCUGAUCAACAAACAUUACAUCAACACUUUUUAACAGCUAUUCAAAAGAUACAAUCAAAUGAUGAUGUUUAUGCAGUAUUUUCCUGUCCAAUAUCAACUAUUACAGUUAGUUUAAUUUCAUCCGAUAAUGAAAAUUUAACAAAGUGUAAAGACAAAAUAAUGAAUUAUAUAAAAAGAUCUAUGGUUAAAAUAAAAUUAGAUGAAUUCAAAGAUUGGAAUCAAUAUAUGAUCAAUGCUUUUUAUAAGUAUUGUUAUGAUAGAUGUGUUUUACCAAAAAUAGAUGAUGAUAAACGAAUUCGAUUAAUUGGUCCAAUCAAUAAUGUUUAUGAAGCUAAGCAUAAAUAUCUAUUGACAAAUAUAUUAAUACAAGAAAAAGUUCAUUUACAACAACUAUUAACUACAACACCACGAACAAAAUCAAUUAUUCGAUCUCAAAUAACUAACAAUAUAUCAACCAUAUCAUCUUCUAUAUGUUACAAUAUAAUGUUAAGUUAUUGUCAAGAAGAUUCGAUUAUAUCUCAUCGUUUAGCUGAUCAUCUUAUUGAUGAAGGUUUUUCUGUAUGCAUUGAUUUAAUUGGAUCUAAUGAUACUUUUUCACAAAUUAAUAAAUCUGAAUGUAUCAUUCUUUGUAUCAGUGAAAAUUAUGUUGAAAAUAAAUUUAGUCAAAAUACAGUAGAAUAUGUCAAACAAAUGGAUAAACAUAUUAUUCUUGUAAAAGUUCAAAAUUAUACGUUAAAUGAUUGGUUACAAGAAUUAAUUCCGAAUGAAAUCUAUUUUCAAUUGUUUGGAUCAGAAAAUCAUUUUGAUUUACAAUAUGAUAAAUUACUAUUAAAAAUUUUACAAUAUACUCAACCAGGUUAUGCUUCUUUACUUCAAAAAACAUCUAAUGGAUCUAUCAUAUUACAGCAAAAUGAUAUCGUUAGAUCUCAUCGAUAUUACAGUUUAUUAAAUUUUCUAUUGACACCUAAACAACGAGAAUCAAAUUAUCAAAAAUAUGUAAUGAAAUUAAUAAACUUGAAAAAAGGAAAAAUAGAUGAAGAUGAAAGAAAAAUUCUUAUUAAUGAAAUUGAAGAACUUAUUCGUACCACAGAAAAUCAAUGUAGACAAAAUAUUAAAGAACAGAAAAAGUCUCAUUAUUAUUAUGAUGGUGAUCAAACAAAUUUACAAACUUCAGAUGAUGAGUUAAAAGAAGAUGAAUUGAAAUUACAGAUUUUGUUCGACUCAGGAAUAUUAUCUGAUCAAUUCAUGUUGAAAAAAGCACUAGACUUGAAGACAAAACAGAAUAUUCCACCAUAUACGGUAUCUGGUGAUAUCAAUGAUGCACCAUUUCCAAUGAUAGAUGAAGUUUUACGAAAUCCAAAAUUAAUAGUUCGUACAGGAAUAACUGGAUUGCAUCAUGGUAGCUUCAAGUCUUAUUUCAGCUGGAGCUUUAAUAAUCGCUAUCUGAAAUCUUUGCGAAAACAGAAUAACAAAUCUUCACAACAUGAAGAUACUAAUAUGGACUUGAAUGAUGAUGAACCAAAUAUUCAAACAAUAUCAAAUGAAGCUACGAGUUCUCAUUCUUCUGAUAUGGCAGAUGAAGACAGACUAAAAACGUUUCAAGAUUUUGGAGAAUCAAAAAAAACGAUUAAACACCAAGUAUUAGUCCAAAAAGACUUUCCCAAGAAGAGUACUUAUUCAGAACAGGAAAUAAUGGAAUUUCGCAAAAAAUUUGUCCAACAAAUGAAAGAUAAUGAAAAUGAAUUGAAUAAACUUUGUGAAGAUAUUAACCUGUUACGUAAGUCAUCAAGACAACCUAUACAUGCUGAUUUGACCGCUAUAUUUUCUUUAUCGAACGUGUCGGAUGCGGAAGAAAAACCCAUUGAAGCCUUACAAACUCAUGGUUAUCGUGAAAUUCCAUUAAAAUUUCCCUGGAAUGGAGUAUUUGAUACAAAUGCCUCGUCACUGAUACAACAACAUCCAUCAGCUUUGUUUUUUAUUGAAGUUCCACAACAAAAAUAA